AUGUGUGUGCUGUGGGUUACACUGCUCCUCCUUCAUCAGGGAUAUACGCUGGUUCCAGUGACCACGGGUGAACUUGGUGAAACUGUGACUUUGACCUGUACUAUGCCACAUGAAGAGCAGAGUAGUACUGCUCUCCACUGGUACAAGCAGGGUGCAGGAGAUACUCUGAAACUGAUUGUAAAGCAAGUGAAAAACAAAAUUCUUGAGUUUGGACCAGGAUAUUUUGCCUCAAGACUGAAUGUAACGCAUGAUGGAAAAUUCAGCCACCUGACCAUUUUUAAGACCGUUCAAGAUGAUGAAGGAAUGUAUCACUGUGCUAAGAUCGACUGGUCUCAGGAUAAAUGGAAUGGGAUGUAUUUGUCAUUAAAAGGGAACAGUGAGAGGACGUCAAACUACACUGUUGUUCAGACAGCAUCAGAUCCAGCCCGUCCAGGAGACUCAGUGACUCUGCAGUGUUCAGUCUUCUCUGACUCUGAGGAUAAGACGUGUCCAAGAAAUCUCAGUGCGUUCUGGUUCAAAACUAGAUCAGAUAAAUCUCUUCCACAGAUCAUCUACACUGAUGGAAACAUACAUAAUAAAUGUGACAAGAGAUCUCACCCUCAGAAGAAAUGUGUUUAUAAUUUCUAUAAGAACAUCAGCUCCUCUGAUGAUGGGAUGUUUUACUGCGCUGUGGCCACAUGUGGAGAGAUUUUAUUUGGAGAUGGAACUAAACUGGUAACUGCACCACCAGCAGCAUAUGGAUUUAUUGUAUUGGUGGUCGCUGUAACCUGCUUGGUCAUUUCUGUGACCAUAAACAUUGUUUUCAUCUGUUACCAAAGAAGAGCAGCAUGCAGACAAUUGAAGGGUAACGACUACGUUUUACUGAGUACUAACAUUUUAUAA